GAGAAACAGGCGCCCAGAAAGAAACUUUGAAGAAAUAGAGACAUUUCUGGGACCAAAGCAAAAUGUCAAGAUACACUUAAAAAUACUAUACAUUAUCAAAAGAUAGGGCAUAUUCUACAUCCAAAAACCACUAACAAAAUGCAAGAAAAUAAAUAAAACACUCAGAGAAUUAGAAAGAACUCUUGGAAACUAAAAACACAACUGGGCUGGAAAAUAAUGUUGGCAGAAAGCAGUGAAAGAAAUAUUGGAGCACAGAGUUUCAAUCAAUGAGGUCCAAAAGAUGUGCAUUCCAGAAAAGGGAAGGGAAAAUUGAGUGGGGAAAAAAUUACCAAAGAAAUGACGGAGGAAAUUUUUCUGGAAAUUUUCAUAGUGAAAAGGUCUGCUUACUGCCCAGCAACAUUAAUGGGAGAAGAAAAAGAAAAAAAGAAAACCACAAGAGACUUCAGUAUGAAAUUUCAGGAUAGCUGCAUAAAGAGAAUAUUUCCAACAUUUUUCAGGAGAAAAAAAUGAAGAAUCAGAAUAAAAGACUUCCCAGCAGCAGCACUAGAUUCUAGAAAACCAGUAAGAGUGCCUCUAACAUCCGAAAGAAAAUUUACUUUGGUACACUCUCGAUCAGGUGUCAGGAUAGAAUAAGGGACAUUCUUAGGCACAAGAAGAUUGUGAAAACACUCAUUUUUCUUGCACCCUUUCCAGCGCCCGCCCCCCUCUCCCUUGGCUGUCUUCAAGUGUAUUGGCUCUAAUUGGCCAGACCUCCCAAGGUGCAUCUCUGCCGAGCUACCUGCUUCCUAUGGGCUCCCUCUGCACACCUCCUGUGCCAUCCACAUCCUAUCCAUUUCCUUCUUCAGGACCCACUGGAAGCCCCGCCUAGCCGAGCCGCUGGGGCACGCCCAUCAGCAGUGACCCCCUCUUUGGCUCUUCUCUGCUCUGGAAUCUUCUGUGCACAUUUUGCCAUCCGUCUCGGUUUUGUCUGGUAUUAAUGUCUGUACGUGUCUGAAUUUCCCAACAAGAUGGGAACCACAUCUCAUUCACGCUUCCGUUUACGGUGACAGGCUGAUAGCAGGUGCCCAGCAAACAUGGGCUGUUUAUCCUAGUUAAUUAUGGCAAUCUGACUCCGGAUUCAAUUGUAUUUUCAUGAUACCUUUCUAGCCAAGAUAUCCUGGCAUUUCGUUCAAAAGAAAAUUACUUUAUAAACUCUCAAGAAUGUCAAAGAUAAGAAGAGCUCCAACUUUGCAAGGACAACAGUAACUUGGAGGCCGGCUCCCUACUAUAUUCAAUUCAGUAAGCAACAGGGAUUGUGUUUCCUCAGAAACUGCAGAUCAUGAUUGCAAAAUCAAGUUAACCUAAGGGGAAAGGGCUUAUCCUGACACACUUCAUGGCAAAUGUCCUUUUCUGGUAUUAAUUAAAAGACAAUACAAGCCAAGUCAUGCCACGUCUUACUCUUGUUUUCUAAAUUCCGUGGAAACACAAACAGGCUUCGGCAGAAAGGAGAGAGGAAUGAAGAGCCUUCUGCUUCAAUGUUUGCUCCUUGUAACGUUUUCUUCUGCAUUUCCUAUAGACCGAAACAUGGACACCGGCGAGAACGCGCGGCUGGUGCAGGCAUAUCUCAACCAGUUCUACUCUCUUGAAAUAGAAGGGAGUCCUCUUGUCCAAAGCAAGAACGGGAGUCUCUUAGAUGGCAAGAUUCGGGAAAUGCAAGCAUUUUUUGGACUGACGGUGACUGGACAACUCGACUCACGCACCCUGGAGAUGAUGAGGACACCGAGGUGCGGAGUGCCAGAUGUGGGUCAGUACGGUUACACCCUUCCAGGAUGGGGAAGACACAACCUCACAUACAGAAUCGUCAACUACACUCCAGAUAUGGCCCAGGCAGAUGUGGACGAGGCCAUCCGGAGCGGCCUUGAGGUGUGGAGCCGAGUGACUCCGCUGACGUUCACCAAGACUUUCAAGGGGGUUGCGGACAUCAUGAUUGCCUUUAGGACCCGAGUGCAUGGCCGGUGCCCUCGUUAUUUUGAUGGCCCCCUGGGAGUCCUCGGACAUGCCUUUCCUCCAGGUCUGGGUCUGGGUGGAGACACUCACUUCGAUGAGGACGAAAACUGGACCAAGGAUGGAGCAGGAUUCAGCUUGUUCCUUGUGGCUGCCCAUGAAUUUGGCCAUGCACUGGGACUCUCUCACUCCAACGAUCGAACAGCUUUGAUGUUUCCAAAUUACGUCUCCCUGGACCCUAACAAGUACCCGCUUUCUCAGGACGAUAUCAAUGGGAUCCAGUCCAUCUACGGGAGUCUGCCUAAGACAUCUGCUAAGCCAAAGGAGGCCACCAUACCCCAUGCCUGUGACCCUUAUUUGACUUUUGACGCUAUCACCACCUUCCGCAGAGAAGUAAUGUUCUUUAAAGGCAGGCAUGUGUGGCGAAUUUACUACGAUAUUGCGGACGUUGAAUUUGAACGGAUCUCUUCGUUUUGGCCCUCCCUGCCGGCAGAUAUUCAAGCUGCAUAUGAGAGCCCCAACGAUAAGAUUCUAGUGUUUAAAGAUGACAGCUUCUGGGUGAUCAGAGGAUACGCUGUCUUGCCAGAUUACCCCAAACCCAUCCAUACGCUCGGCUUUCCAAGACACGUGAAGAAAAUUGACGCGGCUGUCUGCGACCACAGCACCAGAAAAACCUACUUCUUUGUGGGCAUUUGGUGCUGGAGGUAUGACGAAGUGACCCAGAACAUGGACAGAGGGUACCCACGGAGGGUGGUGAAGCUCUUCCCAGGAAUUGGGCUCCGAGUCGAUGCUGCUUUCCAGCAUAAAGGGUUCUUCUAUUUCUUCCGUGGAUCAAAGCAAUUUGAAUAUGACCCCAAGGCAAAGAACAUCACCAGAAUAAUGAAAAUCAAUUCCUGGUUUCGGUGUAAAGAACCAUUAAACGCGUCAUCCAAUGUUAGUAUCAGUGAGGAAGAAGUCCGUUCAGGAGGAGUAGAGAUGUUUUAUCAUAAGAAUUCGUACUUGCUUAUUCUCAGCUUUGUUCAUGUGCUGAAAAAAAUCUGUAGUUAUCAAUAAAUUCAUAGACCUAAAAUAAACCA